ACGCGAAACUUAAAAGCAUUCGAGCGCGUGGUUCUGACAGUUGACACUAGGCAGUGGCAAUAGCAACACUCUAGUGGCUGAAAUAUAUUAAUUUAGCCGAUUCUCUACUAAAUAAGGAAUUUUCAACCAAGGUGAGUUGCGAUGUGUGGCAUUUGGGCGACAUUUGGCGUAGUUGGAGGUUUGAGCCCCACGUGCAUUAAAUGUUUCUCGGCGAUUGUACACCGCGGACCGGACGCGUGGCGUAUUGAACAGGAUGCACGAGAGCAGCUAGUCAUUGUUGGCUUCCAGCGACUCGCUAUUGUGGACGGCCUUCAUGGCAUGCAACCAAUGCGCCUCCACAGCCACCCUCGAGUUACACUCAUCUGCAACGGUGAAAUCUACAACUGCAAGCGACUUCAGAAGCAGCACGAUUACCCCUACGAAACUAACUGCGAUGUGGAAGCAAUCAUUCACACAUAUCAAAACUUUGGCAUCGCCGAAACGGUCAGGAAACUCGACGGAGUGUUCGCUUUCUGUUUAAUCGACGGCGAAAAAAAGAAGGUUCACAUCGCGAGAGACCCGUACGGUGUGCGUCCUCUUUUCAAAUUUCAAGAUACUGCGAACGGAGUAAUUGCAAUUUCCUCAGAGGCCAAAGGGCUCAUAGGCCUAAAACAGAAAGGCAGCGAAUGCUCCACCUUAGGUCAAUUUCCGCCGGGACAUGUUGAAACUUGGAGUAUAUUAGAAUCCGGAAAAGUAGAAGUGGAGCAUACAGAACAAUACUUCAAACCGGGGAUGCCACCGCAAUUUGUGCCAUAUGUUUCCGAAGACGAUCUAGCAAAACUGAACGUGUACGAAAAAACUGCACAUUUAUUAGAAGCUGCAUGUCGUAAGCGGUUAAUGUCAGAUAGAAGAAUUGGUUGUCUUUUAAGUGGCGGAUUGGAUUCUUCCUUGAUUACAGCUUUGGUUGUCAAGCUAGCCAAGGAGUAUAAGUUACCAUAUAAAAUACAAACAUUCGCUAUAGGAAUGGGCGAAUCACCUGAUCUAGUAGCUGCUCGAACGGUCGCCGAUUACCUGGGCACUGAACAUCAUGAAGUUACAUUCGACGAAAAUGAUGUCAGGCAAGCGCUAGACAACGUAAUAUAUCAUCUAGAAUCGUACGACAUUACUACCACACGUGCUAGUCUACCCAUGUUCCUUCUUGCUAAAUACAUUAAAGAGAACACAGACUCUACUGUAAUAUUUAGUGGAGAAGGUGCUGAUGAACUCGCACAAGGGUAUAUUUACUUUAGAGAUGCGCCGUCUGCGUCUGCUGGUCACGAUGAAAGCGUGCGGCUCCUUUCGGACAUUUAUCUUUACGAUGGACUGCGAGCUGAUCGCACGACAAGCGCAUUCAGUCUAGAACUUCGCGUACCGUUUUUAGAUAUACAAUUUACCAACCAUUACUUAAGUAUAGACCCCAAACUGCGACAACCCCAAAAUGGAGUUGAAAAACAUUUGUUACGGAGCAGUUUUGCGAAGAGUGGUCUAUUGCCAGAUUCCAUUCUUUGGCGUCACAAAGAAGCUUUCAGUGAUGGGGUAGCGUCCGUAAAAAAAUCGCUGUUUACCACUAUAGGAGAAAUAAUUGCGGAAAGAUUGUCAGACGAGAGCAAGCAGUACCCAGGUGUGCAGCCAACUACGACCGAAUCCAAAUAUUACCGAUAUGUAUUUGAGAAAUCAUUUCCAGGCCAACAUAACUUUACGCCGUACUAUUGGAUGCCCAAAUGGGUACAAGUGUCAGAUCCUUCAGCCAGGUUUAUUAAGCACUAUGCAGCCACAUAAAUUGUUCAAUAAAUUAAUAUUGUGAAAAAUUGUCUUUUAAUAUUUAGAUGUUAUUUGAAGAUUGAAAUUCUAAGUUUGUCAAGAUCAUGUAAAAUGGCGAUAGAAUAGUUCCAGCCUAUCCCAAUGAAAAUACCAUGGCAUGAAUGCAUGAAUAUAUAAAAGAUAGUUUCGUUUCAUUCCUACCACAAUUAUUAAUUAAUAAUAAUCUAUGUAUUCGCUACUGCUGUAAUACUAUAUAAUGAAAAUAUUAAGACAAUUUACUUAAUUUGACAAUUAUGACAAUUUUGUUUGCGCAGAUGUAAAGUAUAAUAAAUUAUAGCCAAUUACCUACUUUAAGUAUUUAAUUAUACUAUAGUUUUGUAAGCGUUUCAAAAAUUAAUGCGAACAUUCAAAUAUCAAGCUUAAAAUUAUAUCAAGCUUAAAACUUUGUAAUUUCUGAAACCGUUAUAUUAUCACAAGCAGCAUAGAGUUUUAAGUUUCAAACUUCACGUGUUUUCGACCAUGCACAAUGUGGCCUGAUCGAAUCUAUUAUCCUUGCACAUGCACAGUGAGAAUAAGUGUUAGGUGGUUUUAUUGAUCUUAAAGUUACAAAGUUAUUCAUAUUGGCUAAAAUUGGAUUCUGGUCCUCUAGCGCAAACGUCACUUCUCUGUGUGAAAUGCCUUUGUUUUGAUCAAGCACACUUUCGUUAUUAUUAUUACCGAAAGACAAACAC